AUGUUCACAUUUUCUUAUGUAUCAAGCGCUUUUAUGUUUGUUAUCCUUCGCGCUGAGCCAUGUGCUUUGAUCGACAAACUUCGACCAUCUAAAUUCGAUUACAUCCUCAGCUCUCAGCAUAUGAUUGAUCGACAAACACAAGAAAUGCAUGCUUGGAAUCCAGAUGAUCGAUCGUUGAAUAUCUUCGUGAAAGAUGAUGAUUGUUUUACUUUUCACCGACACCCAGUUGCGCAAAGUACAGACUGCAUUAGAGGAAAGAUGGGGUAUUCGAGUGGUUUUCACGUAUGGCAGUUGGAAUGGCCGCAGCGACAAAGAGGGACUCAUGCAGUCGUAGGGGUGGCUACGAAGGCCGCUCCCUUACAUGCAAUGGGUUACACUUCAUUGAUAGGCACAAAUAUUGAGAGCUACGGCUGGGAUCUUACUCGUGGCGAAUGCCAUCACGACUCAAAGAAUUGCAGCCCAUGGAAGUAUCCCAAAGAAUUUCCCGACCACACUCUCAUUCCGGAUAAGUUCUACUGUAUUCUUGACAUGGACGAUGGAUAUAUGGCAUUUGCGACUGAUCAGCAUUAUCUGGGAGUUGCGUUCCGCAACCUACCAAAAAAGACCCUUUAUCCCAUAGUUUCUGCCGUUUGGGGCCAUUGCGAGAUCACCAUGAAAUACCUCGGAGGCAUCGAACCCUCUCCGCGGCCUCUCAUGGACAUAUGUAGAAGAGCAAUACGUGUUGAGAUGGGACGCCAUCGUCUAAACCGAGUCAACGAGUUGAGAUUGCCCCCACCAUUGAAGCGCUUUAUUGCGCCGGAAGUACAAGGAGUACCGGACGGAACUGUGCGUUCUUCCCGAUGCCUGACAACGGGUCAGUCCUACAAGCUCUAA